AAGAAGAACCAGCACAAGCCACAAAGAUGAAGAUCUUGCUCACCGCACAUUAGAACAAGAUGUUUCGUGAUACUUGUAGUACAUGCACACCGCACUAGAAAGUUGUAGAGACGAGGACUCGUAGCGGAGCCAGUAACUCUAACUUCUACACGCACGAGGACAUCAGUAACGACAUUCUGUGCAACAACUAAGCACUAACAUGUCUUGAAAAUUAUCUUCUGAAAUUUUAAAUUCAGGCAACAUUUGGUAUGCUAUUUUGAGUGCCGUUUUUGAUGCGAUUUCUUUGGCGACGAUCUUCUAUUUCUUCUCUGAAACCUAUAUCUACGAUUGAUGAUUUCUACAAGAACCUUUUUCGCAGAAGCGAGUCUGUAGAGUGUAGAAUAAGCUUCGGCAAUAGAAUAUUCCCGGAUCAUCAACAGGCUCCACCUGCCACGCCGUGUUUAACAUUAACAACGAGAAAAUCCACCCUACGAUAAGUAACCAAGUUGGUACUACGGCGAGCAGUCAAGCCUCCAAAUAAAGGCCUUUGAUUUAUCCCUAUAGUGUUGAAUAAAAUGUCCUUCACUUUCGCGUCCAACGGUGCGAAGGGCCCGGACGCCCUUCCCGGGCUCCCCGGCGCCCCCGGCUACCCAGGGAUGCCGCUGGGCUUCAUGAAGCACGGCCACCGCGGCCACCGUGGUGGCGACGCCGGCCCCGCGGUCCAGGGGCAACCGGCCGGCGGCGUCGCCGUGUGGCUUUCUUCCGGAGUCACUGCGCAGGGCUCGGAGGAGCAGGUGGUGCGGGUGCAGGCGGCCUCGCAGGCCGGGAAUGUGGACGAGACGAUUUCCGUGGAGCAGUUGCAGAAAAUUGAGUGCCAGGCGAUCGGCGGACCCGGGGGGCACGGAGGGUAAUUUUUGAAGCAAGAGAGAAAGUCUGGACUUGUUCAUUUCGCAAAGAUCUUCUAGAAGAAGUUACUGUAUACUUAGACUACACGAUGAAUCAGAAUCGCCACCUUUCUUCUUCAUAUGAUUUCCCAAGAACUACCAAAUAAACAUCACAGUGCCGGCGGUCCGGGCGGUCCCGGUGGCGACGGCGCGUGGGGACGGAACGCCACCCGCUACACAACCGGAACCAACGGUGGCGAUGGGGGAGACGGCGGGGACGGGGGUUUCGGGUCCCACGGUGCUCCCGGGGGAUCUGGCGGGAUUGUGCAGAUCAAGGUGCACGAGCAGGAUGCGUAUUUGAUGAUGUCUGUGGACCGUGCGCGGGACCCAAGUGUGUUGGUAGUCGGCGGGCCGGGCGGACAGCCCGGGUUCCAUGGGCCGGGAGGUAAAACGUGUUGAUCAGCGUUCUUGCGCUUGAGGUUUAUUUCAAUUUCUAUGAGCAUGACAGUAGAACAGUAGAACCAGAAAUAGAAUGCCGUGCUCCCCAAGCCCAAACACAGACCGCAUGAGCAUGACAAAAAAGGAAUCAAGAAGUGCUGUGCCGCGCUCCAACAAUUUGGUUGUUAGCGUGACGCAAAAGAUGAACACGAACUUGACACCGCAAAUGCAGUAUCGAUGCACACAUUUAUACUCCAGGUCCCGGCGGCAUGGGCGGAAUGGGUGGUAGUUCCUACCACUGGACCUCUUCCCGCACCGAGGGCUACACGGUAUCAAAUGCAAAUAUGUCUGGGUCUGGGAGACUGCGAGAUUUGUCAUGCUAAUCGGGCAUGCCUCUGAGCUCUGUAUUGCGUGGCCGCAAAGAGCUCCGCCUUCCUGUCAUGCAGAAACGUAGUUUCUUAUGCGGAGUACGCAACUCAGGACCAUGAUCAAAACUUGUCAUGCUUGGCAGCGCAUUGCAGGGAGCUCACUAUAAUUCCCUUCCUUGCAUCACAAGUUUCCAGACCCACACACAUUUGCAAUGCAUACACGGAUUCCAACGGCAACCGCCAAACCCGCACGGUGACCGACCACCACAGCAUAUCACAAGAAAAUGCGUUAACGUUAGCGAUUUUCACAGAUGGCAGUCAUGCAUCACAAAUGUUGCCCAAUAUGCAUGUUAUACAUUACAAAUUCUGAUACGCUUUUUGAUGCGUUGCUGCAUCACAAAUUUCGUUAACGUUGACACUUUUUCCUGUGAUACAGCAACCCGGGCGGGUUUCCCGGCAUUCGCGGCCGUCGGGGGUUGACCCCGUGCGUCCCGCUGGCCUUCGGCCCGAACGGGGGGCAAGGGAAAUAUGAAUUGAUUAUCGAAUCCGCGGUGAACGGGCAGAAAAUGGUCUUUGACAGCAGGUUCCACCUGGAGGCGAACGACUUUCAAAUCAAGGAAUACGGGCAUUACAACGACAAAUCCGGACAAAUAUGCAUUGCAAAAGUAUCGCACUCGUAUAAAUGCAUUACAAAUUUUCUCAGCAUGAGAAGUAAAAUUUGUAAUGCGGAUUUACCUGAAGAAAAAAAUUUGUAAUGCAUCAUUGCAAUGCGAGUACUUUUGCACAGGAUAGCAAACUUUACCGGACAACGUGUUCGAGUUUGGCCAGUGCUUAUGGAUUGCAAAAAUGUCUACUGGGUCUGGAAGGAUCCGAACUUGUGAUGCGCAUUUCAGAACAAAGAAAAAUCUCUCAUGCAUAGGCAGCAAAAGAUCAUGCCCACUUCUUGUCACCAAAGUGCGGGAUUUGUCAUGCGGACUAUGCAUUGCAGGACCUUCUUAAUAGAAUCUGUGAUGCAGCUAGGGAUACCAUGCCAGACCUUCUGUGUCAUGCAAAAACAGCAUGGCAUCUUCCAGACCCAGACAUAUUUGCAAUCCAUAGUGCUGUUUCGUCGACAACAUCUCGGUGAAAAAUGUCGGGGGAAUGCCGACCCCGAGCAUGCAGCGGCAGAUGAUGCAGUUGAUCCCCGGGAAGUGGGUUCUCGCCGGGGCGAACGAGCAAUCCGUCCAGGAUGCGGUUUUCACCGUGCGGGGUAUGGCGAUUGACAGCAACACCGCCGUGUCCGUGGACGGCGAACUGCGGUACCAAAUCGGAAUGAUAGAAAUGGACAAACUGGAUAAUUCGGACUUCGACCCGGCGAUAGUUCAGGAAGAGGUGAAAUUACAAGGGAGGCAGUUGGGCAUCGAAACGGAUAACUAUCACAGCCAGAGUACGAAGUACCAGAAGAACUUCGACCAGUUUCAAGAAUCUUCCAUCCAGCUCAUGACAGUCCAGUUCCCCCUGCAGAACGCAAACGGGUUUCUUGGUUUGAACAGCCUGGCCGCGGGGGAGUCGACCGUGAUUCAAUUCCCGUUGAAAAACAUCUCCUCUCUCCCGAUGGGCUUCGCCUUAGGCGGGCGGCAGAUCGGCGUGAAGGUGUUUUUGGCGAAAAACACGACGAUCCACAACGGAAAUAUCGGCUUUAGCUUUCUCGGCCACAAGUUAGCGAAUCACAGUCUGAACAACGAAAAGGAAACGGACCAAACGGCGAAAGACAACUAUCCUGUGCAAAAAUAUCGUCCUCGUAGUAAUCCCAUUCAUGCAUUACAAAUUUCUUUCUCAAGUUAAAUCCGCAUUACAAAUUUCAUUUCUCAUGCUGAGGAAAUUUGUAUUGCAAUUCAUACUAGUACGAUACUUUUGCAAUGCAUAACAACAAGACCGACACCAUUUUCCCACAGGACAAACCCGACCAGGAGUUCCCAAAUCAGGUCGUUUUCUACGAUGCGGAGAAGGGAGAAGUGUUACUCGACCUGUCGAACGAAAAGAACAUCACAUCAGCGCAGAACGUUUUAUACCAGCACUGCAACGCACCGGAGAUGGCGCCGUUGAAUGACGGUAUCAGUGACGGGGUUUUCUUCGUGGUCCCCAUGAUCCAGCCGAACCAGUCGCUGUCGACGCUGAAGUUGAAAAUCAAGCUUUCGAAAUCCGUCCCCGCGUACGCGUAUGGGGAGCUGCGGGCGCAUAUCUAUUUGGAAGAUUUGUACCAGAAGUCGUGGCGGCUGAUUCAGAAGAGGAUGAUGAACUUGCGGUGCGAGCUAUGAAAGGGCACAUCAACUCCCCCUCCCCCUCGUUUGUCAUGCAAAACCCCAAAUCCGAGUGCUUCCCUGUGGCACGGUUUGCAUGACAAACUCCGGAAGCCCAAACAGUACUACACCACGUGACAUAAAUUUCUCAUGCAUAGGCUCCAAGUGUGCAGGCCUUUGUAUUGCUGUUCAUGCCAUGCAAAUGAGGAGGAGGGGGAGUUGUGCACUGUUAUACGAGCCGACCUUUCUCCCGACCAAGUACACGCAGGCAAUUCUGGUAACUUCCAGUUCCACCACCCAAUACGAAUUCGAUCUGUGGAUGAAGCUCCUCGCCGUGGAAUUCGGUUUGGUGACGAGCGUUUACUCGGUUUCCCGCUACGGGUCCUUUUCCCCAGCGGAUAGGAUCAAGGAUUUCAACACCGGGGUCGAGGGCAUGGAAGUAGAUAGCAACCUGAACAACAACGUCGGCGACGCAACUAACCCUUUGUUCAAGAAAGAGCCGACGGUUGGGGACUUCCUCCCCGGGUCGCUCAUCGUCGUUUUGGACCGGGAAUUCGAGAUCGACCGGAAUAAGUUCGCCGCACCCUCCGACCUUGCGGUACAGGGGUCCGCUGUGCGGUGCUACCAACCGGGCAGUGGAGCAGGAGCAGUAGCGUCCUCGCGAGGUACUGGCGCCACGUUACCCUCCAGCGUAGAUCUCUCCAGUAGUAGACCUGCAGGAGGGCCUAGUUAUUUGAUCGUGUCCGACAAAAAGAGCAGUCAGCCGUUCCAGGACCGCCCGUCGCUGACGGCGUUGAGACACAACGUGUCUUCCACCUUCGGGAACUUGGAAAACGCGGUCAGGACGAAGUCCUACAGCUCGAUAAAGCACUACCAGAAGGAACGCAAAAACGUGUUCCGCCGAGGGGAUAAAGUGCUUGUGAAUGUCGGCGGUGGGCAGCAGAAGACGGGUGUUGUGCAGCGGUUUUUGCGUGUGCAGGGCAACGUUUCGGGUCAAAGCAGUGGCGAAGACAGAAUGGCGCCGAUUGAAGGAGUGUAUUUGGUGAUGCUUGACCACGUAGGAGGAGCGCGAGCGCCAAAUGUUAACAACAACCCAAAUAUCAAUUACGGUGCGACCACGGGAAAUUUUGCAACUGCAGUGACAAUGUAUGGAACACAUAACUCAUCUGUGAUUGAGGCUCGCGGCAGCCAGAUGCGGUUCGUCUCCAGUUUGAACAACAAGACCUCAGAUCAAACCGCCUCCCAAAUCAACAUGCUGAGUGCUCUAUCAAAUGCAAAAAUGUCUGGGUCUGGGAGAGUGCAAGUUUGUCAUGCUUGUCUGGCAUGGCUCGACGAGAAUCUGUGCUGCAUAGGCACGAAAAAGUCCUCUUGCCUGUCAUGCAAAAACGUAGUUUGCCAUGCGGAAUACGUAAGACCACAUGGCAGCCAAAUUAUUUGUCAUGCAUAGCUGCGUAUUGCAGUGCGUCUAUGAUUCACUUUUAGCAUUACAGACCCAGACAUAUUUGCAAUCCAUACGCGCCUUAUUGGAACGAGGAACACUUAGAUCCGAUGCAGGAAUAUGAAGCGAUCGAAAUUGAGAUUUCCCAGUCCUGCUGUGCCGCGAACAAGCAGCCCAGCUACCACGAGCGGUCGUCGUUUCUUUUGGAAGAGGCGAAGAAGUUGGAAGAUUACCUCUACAACCACUUCUCGAAUCUCACCUACACCAUCGUUGCCGUCGACGCCCUACCGACAGCGCACCGGUCCGAGUUGAAGCAGCUGCGCCACGACCCGUCCAACCACCAGCCGUUGUUGACGAAGGUGAAGCAGGGCGGCUGCGGGUCCCAGUGGUUUACCGGGGAGCUGCGGGUCUUUUCCAUGAAAAAACCCGCUUUUUGCGACAAAUUGCAACGGGCGAAGGUCUUCCACAUGGUGCCGGAUAGCAACUGCGUGCAAUUGGGGCAAUUCGAGCACAAGCACGUCGAGAAGGAAGUGCAGCGAAACGGAGGGUGGGACAAAAUGUCCAUGCAGUAUGGGGUCGCGAAGGCUCUCCACCCGGAGAUUGCGUUGCAAUUACUGAAGGACAAACCGGAUCUACAACCGGUUCUGAUCGAAGCCUUGGUGUCGAAUUUCGUGCAGGAAAUGUUUGUCUGCAUCGACUCGACGGAUGACAAGUCGGCUGAAGCGAAUUUGGUGCAUUUAUCCACCCUCCGUGCCAUGAUGACCGUGAUGAAGCAAAAUCCCUCGUUUCAACUGCAGAAGCAGCAGGGAAACCUGAAACCAGUGCUGACCGAAAUUUUCUCCCAGCUGAUCGCCAUCACCCGCGCCCCGGGCUGCUACCGCUGGUUCAAGAUGUGCGGGAAAUUUCGCACGCACGCCCGUGGGAUCAGGAAGAUCAUCUAUCAAACAAAAAAGUGUUAACCUUAACGGUUUCCAGAGUUUGCAGCUAUGCAUGACAAAUGUUUCCUGUAACGCAUGCUAUGCAAUACAAAUUUAGGAGGCACCUUUUUUGAUGCGGUCCUGCAUCACAAAUCCCGUUAGCGUUGACGCUUUUUCCUGUGAUAUCAUCGAAAAAGAUAUCAUGGAGGUGUACGGAAUUAUUUGUGACCCGAAAAUCGUCGACCGGACCUAUCAGCAGAUCGAGCAGGCCUUGAACCUAGCGCCGGGCAAGGGAAAAACCAGCCGACGGGGGGUUUUGUACCGCUAUUCCGCCGCGGGUUUCGUGAAAUUCGUCGUCCCGGCAAGUGGGAAGUUGGCAAACCAGAAAGCAUUGGCGAACGUGGCGUUUCUCUACGAGCUAGACGAUGAUAUGACAAACGGGGAUAGACAUAUCGAAGUGAAAAAUUCCCCCUCCCCACACUAAAACGGGCAUUUGUGUAGCAUGAUUUGCUACUGCAAAUCAUGUUGUCAUGCUAGAAAGCAAAAGGUGCGGACGACUGUUGUGCUGGCUGGCGCGGGACAGCCUUGCGUCUUCAGCAUGACAGGAGGCAACUGGAAGUCGGUAAACAGCAUGACAAAUCGCCUGCAAUUCAGGCCACGAGUGCGUCUUUCGGCCUUCUAGCAAUACAAGUCGAUUUGUGUACGCAAAUCCAGCAUCACAAAUGUCCUUUGCAAUAUGUUGGGGAGGGGGGAUUUUCCCUCGCAAUACGACAAACCGCGAAGCAUGUGAUCCCGGGUAACGUGUUCCAAGCGAUGUGUUAUGCAAGGAAAAAAGUGCUACAGUUACACAUUGUGUUGCAGACCAAGCAAGACAGACAGCCUCUCUCAUGCUGGAGAGGCAUGCGAGCCUCGUUUUGUGCGUGUUUUCCUUCAGGAUCUCUGCAUUGCAAGUUUUCUCUGCAGUGCAGAGCAAGUUUGUGUUGCAGAAUCCACUACAAAGGUGUAACUGUAACACUUUUUUCGUACGAUAUGUGCCAGGCGAGCCACGGUGCGCGCAUCGCGGCGGAAAGACAGCGGAAACGGGUUUUACAAAAGCGGAAAUUGUACGGGAGCAACUCGUUCGAGGCACAGAAUAAAAAUGGAGCUGGAUUGGACGAGGAAUUGUUGCUGGAGAAGCACAACCCCCAGUGGCAAAAUUUCGAGCCGGUCUUUGUAUGCACUGCAAAAAUAUCGUACUCGUAGUAAUGGCAAUCAUGCAAUACAAAUUUUUUUCUUAAAGGUAAAUCCGCAUUACAAAUUUCAAGUCUCAUGCUGAGUAAUGCGUUUAUACGAGUGCGAUACUUGUUUUGCAAUCCAUACUUUGUCGCGGGGAGCAACAUGCCGGAAACGAACGUGAAGCAGAUCUCCUUCAACGUAUCAAAUGUAAAUGUCUGGGUCUGGAAGAAUGCGCGCUUUGUCAUGCAGCUUUUCCAUGACCCAGGAGGUCUGGAAUGCAGGACCUAGCAUGACAGAUUCUGCGCGAUCUCUCUCAUGCCUAUCCUGCAUGAGAAACUCCCUCCCGACUUGGUCAAAACUGGGCGACGUUUGGUAAUCAUGCAACACAGAUUUUUGCAUGCUUCAGAUUUAGCAUGACGAGUUGCAAUCUUCCAGACCCAGACACUUUUGCAGUUGAUACAACGCCGGUGGGUACAAAAAGCCCUCCGUCCCCAAAGGGGCUGCGGACAACUGGACCCAAGAUUUGCCGCCGCCACCACCUUAUCCUGUGCAAAAGUAUCGUACUCGUAUAAAUGCAAGUCUUGCAUUACAAAGUUUUUUUCUAAGGUAAAUCCGCAUGACAAAUUUUCUUUCUCAUGCUGGGGAAGUUUGUAAUGCAUUUAUACGAGUGCGAUACUUUUGCAGUUCAUACACCUGAGGUCGGGGAACCGGAAGCGCCACCGGAACCGGAGAAACCCGGGCCGCCGCCGCAGGAAUGAAUCACAGGGGGGCGGACCGGAGCAGGGUGCUGGAGCUGGAGUUCCACCGCAAGUGCAGCAGCAGCAGGCGCUGUACAAUAAUGUGCGGAGAUAGAAAAUUUUGGAUGGAAAUGCUGUUAGAGAACGGUACUCCCUAUCUAUGGUAGUGCGCGCUGCUUGGAGGUGGUCCUUUGUUUUGCUGCUUUGUACAAUCCUUUUGAUGUUUUGUGGACUCCUGCGAGUAGCGCCACCAGCGGCACAUAUUCCCGGUUUUAUUCUGAAAUUGACCCUUUGGCGAGCGAUCUCUUCAUCCUCCCACCUACUUCUAGCUUCCAUCUAACUACCCACCGAUGCUAGCUGCUACAACUAGCAAGCUACAACUAAUAUACCAUUUUCAUCCUUGACCCUGCCCUCGAGGAUAUGUUUUGGUCCAUUCGUGGUCGCGAGUCGAUAUGAUUGAUAUCGAUGAAGAUGUAUGAAGAUUCAGACUGAUAGGCAACCUUCCCGGAACUGUACUAGCAUUCUUUUUUCGUAGUAACAACCUAUCAAGUUGUUCUUGUUCCCGCCGUAGCCCCCGCAACACGUGAUGAUAAGACACCCAUUUAUUUAUUUCAGCCCGCUGCUAUGAGUAUGAAUUUUCGCUAGUACAUCAACUUACCACAAGUAGAGAGCCACAUGCCAGCACGAUCUGCUUACCAGAAUAGACACACAUAUAAUCGUACGAGUUGUGCUGGUAGAAAAAAUAUGGUGUCGUGUAUCCCUGUCGCAGGAUCUAACAUGUGCUGCAAGAACUCUCGGCUUCAUAAUUUGUCAUCUUCUCCCACUACAAACGGGGCAAAAAAAACCUGGAGCUCUUUUUCGAGAAGAUGCAUCGGCACCAUGUGGAACAAAAUGAACAUCAUGAGUGAUCGCAUAAGUAAAAAG